UCCAAUGUUGCAUCGAUAGAUCAAAAUCCACGAGAAUUUAUUAUCAUAUAUUACUCUUAAAAAAAUUAUUAGUAUAAGAAUGAAAGGUUUCUUUUACCGCGACGCAAUAUUUAUGUAUAAAUCCUAAUAAUUUCAUUUCGACUGCAUUAGCCGUGUGUUGGAUGUCACUACGUGUAAAAUAUAUCACAUUUCUUUAAAGUAGAAUUUGGACGAUUUGGAGUAGUGUUGGAUAUUAUAUACAGAUUAUUGAAUUCGUAUUCACAACCAACACAAUCAAGUGAAUUAUUAAGCAGCGACGGCAGAACAAAUGCGCAAAUCUCCAAGACAGUAUUAUCUUGGAAUACCAACUCAAAGCAAGUCAAGCCUCGUAUGAAAGUCAGAAAGGAAUUGAAUUUAACUUCAUAAAGGGCCUAUUCUCUAUCAGGAUGAACAGAAAAGAGGGUACAGAAGAUCGGUCUGGAUGUCAGGAAAAAGAAAAGCCCGAAUAUGAGUUAAAAAUGCAACCGUAUGAUGGAUUUAACUACCCGGUCCAGAUGCAUAACGUAGCUGACCAUCUACGUAACAUCCGGGACAUGACACUGAGGGACGAUGACAUCUUUAUUACGUCGUACCCUAAGUCAGGUACACAUUGGAUUAACGAGGUUGUGUACAUGCUGUUACAAGGCCACGCCUCUUAUUGCCGAAAACACUGCUGGCUGGACGUCGAGAGUAUUGACACCACUGACAACGCUCCGUCGCCAAGGAUAAUCAUUACUCACGUACCGAUCAAAUGGUUACCAUGGCGACUAAGUCAAGGGCGUGUCAAGGUCAUUUACAUGACGAGGAACCCCAAGGAUGUCGUUGUUUCUCACUACAAUUUCGUUGCAAAUAUGGCUGCUACGGCGUUCGACGGAGAGUUCAAUUACUCCUACAUUGAUAAAUUUCUCAAUGGAGAUGUAGUGUAUGAUUCCUGGUUCCGUAGCGUUCUUGGAUGGGAAAAGUUCCCAGACACACACCCAAAUGUGCCAUUUAUGAUGAUGAACUAUGAAAAUAUGAAAUUAAAUCUUCGACAAGAAGUUGAGAGAGUGGCUUUUUUUCUCGGAAAGUCAUUCGACGAAGAUUUGCUGGACAAAAUUGUAGAGAGCUGUUCGUUUUCAAAGACCAAACAUGACAAACAGGAAAACCCCGACCCUCGCUUCAAAACAUUUGCUAGGGAUGGAUCUCAAAUAUUGUAUAGAAAAGGAGAAGUGGGGGACUGGAAGAACUGGUUCACAGUUACAGACAGUGAAAAGUUUGACCAAGUAUACAAAGAGAAAAUGUUGGGGUCAAAACUCACAUUUAGAUUCUCAUUGUGACUGAACGUUGUUCACAACAUUGGAGAUUGUUAUGAAAAACAAGAUUGAUAGUUACUAUUAUUUACCCAAGUAAAGCAUUAUUGUUAACUAUUAUUUACCCAAGUAAAGCACAAUUGUUAACUAUUAUUUACCUAAGUAAAGUAUUAUCGUUAACUAUCAUUUACCCAAGUAAAGCAGUAUCGUUAACUAUUAUUUACCCAAGUAAAGUAUAAGCGUCGUCUUCGUCUCCUUGUUCAGGAAACCGUUUAGGAACAAAUUCUCAAUUGCUAAUAUAUUUUUUGAACUUACUAGAGAAAAACGUAUUUAUAAUAUGUGCAGUAAUGUGUAUGCUGUGGUUUGUUUUUAAUUUAAAAUUGUGAUGGGGAGCUAAACAAGAAGACAAAAUUCAAAUUUACAUAAAUAUUUACCUGGUAUAGAGGUCCUCGAUACCAGGGCCUGGUCAAUUAGAUCACUUACCUAUACAUAUUUACAUGGUAGAUAGAUCC